UUUGGUUGGACACCUUCUGUUUCUUUGCUUGUCUGCCUGACAAUGGAGCCGCAGCCCUCCGGCGGUCUGGACGGAGCCUGGACGCUGUGGACCAAUCUGUGCUCGGUUUUUGCUGUUUGUUAGGGAAACGAGGCAAUAGGCAGCAAACUAAGCGAGGCAGACAUCCAUUCUGUUUCAUCGCAGAGAGAAAACCAAGUCUGCUGUGUUAUCAACACACCGUCAGCGGGGGGCGGGGAGAGACACCUGGAACCACUCAGUUUUUGUCUUUGUUUGCCUUUUCUGUGAAGAUGUCCGCUUUGACUGGGAUGUUGGUGCUGCUCGUUACGUCUCUCAUCAUCACAUCUAAUGGCGCAUUGUCAGCAUCCCGGAAGUGUGAUGACAGCUUGGUAACACCGCUUCCCAUCAAAUCCUUCAACAGCUCAUCAGAAUAUGGCAGAGGAUAUGCAGCUGCUUUUGCUAAACUCAACAGAAUACAAGGUGCUGGAGGCUGGUCACCUUUGGAUACAAAUCGUUACCAGUGGCUGCAGGUAGACCUGGGCUCGAGGAAGCAAAUAGUUUCCAUAGCAACUCAGGGGCGCUACAGAAGCUCCGAUUGGACAAGUCAGUACCAGCUGCUUUACAGUGACACAGCCAACAACUGGAGGCCAUAUUUAAAGGAUGGAAACAUUUGGACAUUUAAAGGGAAUAAUAACAGUGAAGAUGUUGUACGUGAAGAACUACAACAUGCUAUAGUGGCCCGCUACAUCCGCUUCAUCCCCCUGUACUGGAGCCAAAAGGGGCGGAUUGGAGUCCGCUUGGAACUCUAUGGCUGCUCAUAUUGGGCUGAUGUAAUCAGUUUUGAUGGCCAUAGCAUCAUCUCUUAUCGCUUCAGGAGUAAAAAGAUGAAAACUGUGAAGGAUGCUAUUUCUCUAAAGUUUAAAACCACAGCCAGAGAUGGUGUGCUGCUUUAUGGAGAGGGACAGCAAGGAGACUACAUCCUGCUGCAGCUUCACAGGGCAACAAUGGAGUUGAGCAUCAACUUAGGUAGCAGUCAGUACAAUCUGAUUAAGGGUCACACCUCUGUAACCAGUGGAAGCUUAUUAGAUGAUGGUCACUGGCACUAUGUUGUCAUUGAGCGUCACCGUAGAAAUAUAAAUUUUACAUUGGACCACCGAACUCAACAGUUCAGGACUAAUGGAGAGUUUGAGCACCUGGACCUCGACUAUGAGCUUACCUUUGGAGGACUUUCUGAAUCUGCAAGAAUGAGUUUAGGUGGCAAAGAUAACUUUGCUGGCUGCAUGGAAGGAAUCACCUACAAUGGAGACAACAUCACCAGCUUGGUGCGCAGGAAGAAGGUGGACACCUCCAGCUUUCGUAACCUGACAUUCACCUGUGCUGAAUCCAGCUCUUUUCCUGUCUACUUCAACUCCACAUCCUUCCUGCGGCUGCCGGGUCAGAGGGACAGUGACACUCUCUCAGUAAGCCUGUCUUUCAGGACGUGGAACCCCAAUGGAGUGCUGAUGUUCACACAGCUGGCUGAGGGUUGGUUGGAGCUUUUACUGAUUGAAGGCAAGAUCACUGUCUACAUGAACGUGACACAGAAGAGGAGCACUCGUAUUGACAUUUCAUCAGGUAUAGGUCUGAAUGAUGGCCAGUGGCAUAGUGUCCAUUUAAAUGCACUGGACAACUAUGCCAUGCUGACGGUAGAUGGAGAUGAAGCAUCCACUGUUAGGACUGCUAUUCCUGGCCAGAUCAAGACAGGAGGAACCUACUACUUUGGAGGCUAUUUCCCACACACUAGCAUUUGGUCACAACAGCGCUCUUUCCAGGGCUGCAUUCAGAUGAUCCACAUAGAUGACCACCUGGUGGACUUGCGGGGUGUGGAGGAGGGUGAUAUUGGAACCUUCGAAAAUGUUAGCCUGGAUAUGUGUGCAAUUAUAGACAGGUGUGUUCCCAACCACUGUGAGCAUGGAGGGAAAUGCUCCCAGACAUGGGAUACAUUCAGCUGCAAUUGCAGUGGUACUGGCUACUCUGGAGCAACAUGCCAUACACCGCUGUAUCAGCAGUCCUGUGAGGAGUACAAGCAUCAGGGGAAGAGCUCAGGCAACUUCUGGAUUGACCCUGAUGGUAGUGGCUCUCUACCCCCCUUCAGAGUACACUGUGACAUGACAGACACAGUGGUUUGGACCACUUUAAGGAACAACAUGUCUCCUCAGACAUCAGUCUCUGCUGCAGAUGAGGAUGGAAAAGCAGUACUUCUGAUUACUUACAAUGUCACUGAUGAGCAGGUACUGUCAGUCACCAGCAGAGCAGAAAGGUGUGAACAGUAUGUAGCUUACACCUGCCGAAUGUCUCGUCUGCUGACUGGUCCAGAUGGCACUCCAUUUACCUGGUGGCUAGGAAGAGAUAAUAAGAGGCAUUUCUACUGGGGCGGGUCAGGACCUGGGAUACAGAAGUGUGCCUGCGGUAUUGAAAACAACUGUUCUGAUCCCAAACACUACUGUAACUGUGACGCUGACCUGCGAGCCUGGAUGGAAGAUGCAGGUUUGUUGGUGUAUAAAGACCAUUUGCCAGUCAAUACAGUUGUGGUCGGUGAUGCAAGCAGAUCCGGAUCUGAGGCCAAGCUGACUGUUGGGCCUCUUAAAUGCCAGGGAGAUAGAAAUUUCUGGAAUGCAGCUUCCUUUAACAGCCCCGCCUCUUCACUUCACUUCAAGUCCUUUCAGACUGAAUCCAGUACUGAUAUCUCAUUUUACUUUAAGACAUCUUCCAAUUAUGGAGUCCUACUGGAGAACCUGGGAGCCAACAACCUCCUUCACAUUGAAAUCCGAGAAGGCUCAAUGGUCCUGUUAUCUUUUGAUUUUGGAAAAAAUCGUGUUGAGCUCACUGUUCAAACACCAAAGCCUCUAAAUGAUGACCAGUGGCAUCGUGUGGAGGCAGAGAAGAACACCAAAGAAGUAGUACUACAAAUUGAUGGUCAUUACAGAGAGGUCAAAGCGACCCCCCCACUGGGACACGCAGAACUGGAGUUCUACAGUGAUGUAUAUAUUGGUGCUUUGAGUGGCCAAAGAGGCUUCCUGGGCUGCAUGAGGUCUCUGAAAAUAAAUGGGAUCUUCUUCGAUCUGGAAGAAAGGGCAAAGGUGACUCCAGGAGUGAAGCCAGGCUGUCAGGGUCACUGUAGCACCUACAAAAUGCACUGCAGGAACGGAGGGAAGUGUGUGGAGCAAUACAACGGAUACUCAUGUGACUGCUCUCUCAGUGCAUAUGAUGGACCCUUCUGCACUGAUGAUGUAGGAGGGUAUUUUGAGGCAGGAACCAUGGUGCGCUAUGACUUUCUGUCGGAUCAUGGUGGAUUGUUGCUAGGCGACCCAAGGAGCUUUUCAAACCUUGCCUAUUUAGGGGAAACCAACCUCACCCAGGAGGAGCUGGUCUUCAGUUUCAGCACAUACAGUGCUCCAAGCAUUCUCGUGUACAUUAGUUCAAGGACCCAGGACUACAUGGCAGUGGUGCUGCGACACAAUGGCUCUCUUCAGGUCCGGUACAGUCUUGGUGGGCUGGUAGAACCUUACACCAUAGAUAUUGACCAUCGCAACAUGGCCAAUGGUCAGCCGCACUCUGUCAACAUAACAAGGAACCUGAGGGAGAUUCGACUGCAGCUUGACCACUACACUGUGUCGACACACACCCUGCCCGAGUCUUCUGACACACAGUUCAGCUUGGUCAAAAGUAUCUUUCUUGGAAAGGUUUAUGAAACGGGACAGAUUGACCCCAUCCUGAUAGAGCGCUACAACAGCCCAGGCUUUGUUGGAUGCUUAUCCAGAGUUCAGCUGAAUAAUGUGGCACCGCUGAAAGCUGCACUUCGUUCAGGCAUGACUGCUCCAGUCAGCAUCCAUGGAAUCCUAGUCCAGUCCAACUGUGGAGCCUCACCCCUGACCAUUCCCCCCAUGACCCUUGCUAAUGACUUCUGGCAAAUAGAAACAGGUGGAGCAGUUUUUCCUUUCAAAGACGAAAAGAUUGGAGGUGAUCCUGCUCAUCAGAAUUUUGCAGUAAUUGCAGUGACCAGUGCAUCCGCUCUCCAACAUUAACUCUCACCCUGAGUGGCACACAGCACAGACCCCACAUGCCCACUGCCAAAGAGGAGUGACAAACAUGGCACAGUCAUUCUUAAUGUUUUUCAAUAAAAUAAAAAUGUGUAGAACAAAUAUUAAAUUUCAACAUUUCUGUCAAUGACGAUUUGCGUCAAGGCCUGUGACACGUUUCUUUGUUGUAAACAGACUGAUGGGAAUAGAGAAAAAUAGCCGUACAAUUCUUGGACUGAAUCAUUUGCAUUCAUUGCAAAUGCAGACAUCCAACCAGGAUCACUCAUGCCAUUGGCAAUUCACCUUUUUAUGUGAAAGUUAUAGCAUUUCAUUUGCUGUGGCAAGUGCACCAUGUUUGCCUCUCGGCCACUGAACAUAUUCAAAGACUCAAUUUUUUGGAUAACAUUUAAAGCCCCACCCUUUAAUCCCAUAGGGGGCACUGUAGAGCAGUUCGGCCACACUCACUUGCAAUUCCACUGGAAUCUGAAAACUUUAGUUGAGGGACAAUUUUGAGUGAAGUUUGAUGAGUUUUUAAAUACGUUUAAGCCUCCAAAGAGCCCUGUAAUUUGUUGAAAAAAUAGUAAGAAAACCUGAGAUUAAAAUAGGCCUUCGCAGCACUUUGCUGAUCAGGCCGAAUAAAAUAAAAUAUAGACAAAACAUUGUAUCCAAGCAGUGUAGUACCAGACAUUAAUUUGGCAUGAACUGUCAGAAAAAACCUAUCAAACAGAAACAAAAGACACAAAUCACUGGACACAGUGGAUGCAAAGAAAAUUCCUUGUAUGGAAAGUGAUAACAGUAAAUACUGAGACUAUUAAACACAUUAUUAAGAUAACAAAAUCACACACAGAGCUUAUAAAAACAGCUAUUGUAAUCUCAAUUUUAUAUUUUGGCACCUUCUUAGCAACUAAAUGUUAUUUUAUAACUGCUUGGUCACUUGACUAGGUAUUAUCUCCCUGGUCAACAUGUUUGUUUCCGGAAGACCCUGGGAAACCCCAAGUCAGCAGCACAGAUGGCUCAUCUCAACUGGAAGGGAGUGAGAGGCGGCUGCAUGCACUAAUUAAUUAGUGUAAUUAUUUGCUUAUUACCGCCCUGUGCAACAAGACACACCCGGAACUACCAACUUAGUAACAAAAAUAAGAAAAUUAGUAAACAAAUGGUACCAGUAAAAAUAAAAGAUGUUCCACUGCAAGAUUUGAGAAUGUUCAUUAUGAUAAUAAAUAUCCCUGACUGGCCGGCCUGUAAGUACACAUGAUGAAACACAAUAUCUUCUCCUCCUAUAUUUUCCUCAGUAUUUUCAGUUCAGUAUUUUCCUCCUAAGCGUACCUUUUGUUUCGUU